CAACUCCUGGAUGAUUACCCAAAAUGUUUCAUUGUGGGAGCAGACAACGUGGGAUCCAAGCAGAUGCAGCAAAUCCGCAUGUCCCUGCGUGGGAAGGCCGUUGUGCUGAUGGGGAAGAAUACGAUGAUGCGCAAAGCUAUUCGUGGGCAUCUGGAGAAUAACCCUGCCUUAGAAAAGCUGCUGCCUCACAUCCGCGGGAACGUGGGCUUUGUCUUCACCAAGGAGGAUCUGACUGAGAUCCGGGACAUGCUGCUGGCUAACAAGGUGCCAGCAGCUGCCCGUGCCGGCGCUAUUGCUCCUUGUGAUGUGACUGUGCCAGCCCAGAACACUGGUCUUGGACCUGAGAAGACCUCCUUCUUCCAGGCCUUGGGCAUCACCACGAAGAUUUCCAGAGGGACCAUUGAAAUUCUGAGCGAUGUGCAGCUCAUCAAGACUGGAGACAAAGUGGGAGCCAGUGAAGCCACCUUGCUGAACAUGCUGAACAUCUCCCCCUUCUCCUUCGGGCUGGUGAUCCAGCAGGUCUUUGACAAUGGCAGCAUCUACAACCCUGAAGUGCUGGACAUCACCGAGGAGACCUUGCACAAGCGGUUCCUGGAGGGUGUUCGUAAUGUUGCCAGCGUCUGCCUGCAGAUCGGGUACCCGACCAUCGCUUCUGUGCCCCACUCCAUCAUCAACGGGUACAAGCGGGUCCUCGCUGUGGCCGUGGAGACUGACUACACCUUCCCGCUGGCUGAAAAGGUGAAGGCGUUCCUGGCAGACCCCUCG